AUGGAAAAAGCCAACUGGUCCUCCCCCGUGGUGGGGUUCAUUCUCCUGGGACUCUCUGGCCACCCAAGGCUAGAGAAGACGUUCUUUGUGCUAAUCCUGCUGAUGUACCUGGUGAUCCUGCUGGGCAAUGGGGUCCUCAUCCUGGUGUCCAUCCUUGACUCCCGCCUGCACAUGCCCAUGUACUUCUUCCUGGGGAACCUCUCCUUCCUGGACAUCUGCUACACAACCUCUUCUGUCCCUCUGGUCCUGGAUGGUUUCCUGACUCCCAAGAAAACCAUCUCCUUCUCAGGCUGUGCUGUGCAGAUGUUCCUCUCCUUUGCCAUGGCAGGGACAGAGUGUGUGCUUCUGGGCAUGAUGGCGUUUGAUCGCUAUGUGGCCAUCUGUAACCCCCUGAGGUACCCUGUGGUCAUGAGUAGGUCUGCCUAUGUGCCCAUGGCUGUCAGCUCCUGGAUGGCUGGUGCAGCCAACUCUUUGGUGCAGAUCUCUCUGGCAGUACAGUUACCCUUCUGUGGGGACAAUGUCAUCAACCACUUUACCUGUGAGAUCCUGGCUGUGCUGAAGUUGGCCUGUGUUGACAUCACCAUCAAUGUGAUUAGCAUGGGGGUAGCCAAUGUGAUCUUCCUGGUGGUUCCAGUUCUAUUCAUCUCUGUCUCUUAUGUCUUCAUCAUUGCUACCAUCCUGAGGAUCCCUUCUGCUGAGGGAAGGAAAAAGGCCUUUUCUACCUGCUCUGCCCACCUCACUGUGGUGGUCAUCUUCUAUGGGACCUUACUUGUCAUGUAUGGGAAGCCCAAGUCUAAGGAUCCCAAGGGGGAAGACAAAGAGGACCUUUCAGAUAAGCUUAUCUCUAUCUUCUACGGGUUGCUGACCCCCAUGCUCAACCCCAUCAUCUACAGCCUCAGGAACAAGGACGUGAAGGCUGCUGUGAGGAACCUGGUGGCUCAGAAAUAGUUCACCCAGUGAUAGAGGAGGGGUCCGCUGCAGAUCUCACUUCUGUGGAAGAGAGG